CUUGUACCAGUUAUCUCAGUGGCUCCUGCCUUAACCAUGAAGUCCAGCAACCUCUUCUUCCUCGUGGUGCUGCUCACCUUGGUGUCCUUGGCUUCAUCUCGGACCCUGAAAGCCGCCGUUAAAGAGCCAGUAAGGAAAGGAACAUGCCCAGUUGUGAGGGGCCGAUGCUUAAUGUUAAACCCUCCAGACUACUGUAAGAAAGACAAACAAUGUCCUCAAGGAAAGAAGUGCUGUGAAGGCAUGUGCGGGAAGAUCUGCAUGACCCCUGUGUCAGAUAAAAAGAAAGAAGGGGAGUGCCCAGCAGACAAUGUCCGCUGUAUUAGGGAAGAUACACCAGACUGCACCACUGAUUAUGAUUGCCUCGGAAAGAAGAAAUGCUGUUAUUUUCACUGUGGUUUCAAGUGUGUAGGCCCCAAGAACACAGAGAACCAUAAAGGUUGAUUCCUUCUGAGAGCAUAUAUCUGGAUUCCAAGAUGGCAACACCCAUUCUCUCUCUGGCCACUGAGAAGUGAAGCUAUUUGUGGAAGAGCAUCUCCCAUUGGUCAGACCAAUGACCAAGAAGUCCUGGAUGGUGGAGGGCCCUGUCUUCUUUUUCUCUUGGUAAAAGCCUGGUUGCAACUUUUCUCCUUAGAGACCCACUUGGUAUAGAACUUCCCAAUGCUUGUCCCAGUAGAGACUGAUUGAACCCUUGUUGUUGUCACCAUUACCCCAUAAUCUUUAGUGUAAAAUAAAACACUCCCUAUGAAGGAGGACACAAUUAUCUUCCAUUCAAUAAAAUGCAAGUUCUUUCUUUGA